AUCAACUCACAGCCAGCGGUCAUCCUCAAGCAAAGAUCAUCCCUUCCCGUCCUUUCGGUGACGACCAAUAGUGGCCAUGGUGGCAGGGGCGCUGCUGCUGAUGCUGGUGCUGCUUCCAUUCAUCUUGCCGUCGGCAUCUGGCUUCGUCCUUCCCAGCCCGAGCCAACGACUGAGAGCACCGGCUGCCCAGAAGGUCACGCGACUGAGUCAGGAGCAACAACGGGAGGCUUACGAUUGGGCUCUGACGCACAUCGAGGACAUCGUAUCGCUUCCCUUCUUCAUCGAGGGCACCAUUGACAGUGCUGUGCCGGUCAUCAGAGGCAAGACGGGAGACUGGGCACUCGACUUAUCGGAGAAUCCAGAGGAGGAUCUGAAAGCUGCGUAUGCGUCCGCCACUCAGUCGCCGGUCGGUUUGCUUGGCGAGGAGCCAGCUGACAGGGUGGAUUUUGAGCAUCGAAAGUCGAGGGAAUUCGCAGCCAGCGAUCUGCAAAUAGAGGGAACGAUGGCGGGUUGCACUUAUCUGCAAUACUAUACACCGUGGAAGUACCAGAAAGAUCAAUGUCAGUACAGCACCAAUGACACAUGGACUGCAGUCAUCGAGGAAAUAUGUCAAGAAGCCGCCGACAGGAAUUCGCCGGGCAGCGAAGUCAAAGCAGAACUGUACAAGGUAAAGGAUUUCGUUGAUGCAGCCGCAAGUCUUGCUCUCUAUGAUGAUCCACGUCUAUGUUGUCAUCGCAGAUGCUGAUUUACGGCGAGAGGGACCAUUUUGCAAAACACAUCGAUACACAGCGCUCGGCAGACAUGUUUGCGACGCUCAUCGUCUCUCUCCGACCGAGUACAAAGGAGGAGCUUUCACGCUGUGGAAAAAUGGAGAAGCUCAUGAAACCAGCGAUUCUACUUAUUGUCUACCCUGGGUAGCCUUCUAUUCUGACGUGCCACAUAGCGUCGAGACAGUCACUUCGGGCUAUCGCUGUGUCCUCGUGUACAAUCUGAGCCGCCGGCAAGUUGGACAGAGGUGCGGAGAAGCAAGAUCACGGAGAAAUUUGUGGGGUCACUAAAACAGUGGUUUCAGGAGACAGAGAGGUAUCCUCACAUGUGUGCGUUGGGUGCGUGCGUCAGAGGUGUUUUUUGGUUGUGUGUGUUUUCAGGCCUUGGCGAUCGCCCUCGAAUAUGAGUACACCCCUUCGAGCAUUGGCAUGGAGUAUCUGAAGGGCAGGGACAGAUUGCUCUAUGACAUAUUGGCCGAGCACUUCAACAUCAGUCUAGAGAUAAUUCAUCAGAAUUGGAGAGCUCUGCCAGAUGUUGAUGGACAAUGA